AUGAUUUUGUACACUAUAAAUUUUCUAAUAUUUUAUACCGCCUCUGCGCAUAAUUUAGAGGUUCCCAAUUACCAGAACCCUGCAAAAAAAAUCGUCCAAGACCUCAUAGACAGCUGGCAAUCCCCGAUUGGUUACUUGGAGAGUCGCGGGUACCUCCCAAAGGAUAUCCAGUAUGUUCCGGACCUGAAUUUUGAUACUGCGCAAAAAAACUCACUCCAAGACUGGCCACAAAACGAUUUAUCACAAAAACAAUACCAAGAAUCUCCAGCUAAAGCCAACGCGGAAAAUGCAAUUCGGGAAAUGGACCCCGCUCUGGCGGAAACCGAUCGUCUAGUCCGCUCCUUUGACGAACAGGAUUCAGACGAAUUGAAGAAAAUGUUUGACAGGCUUUUCUCAUCAAAAAAUGACGAUACCAUAUCCGAUGAAAUCAAGUCCAAGCUAGACGUUUCCUGGGACAUGAAUCAGAUAAAGACUUCGGCCUUAAGGGAAGCCAAUAAACGCUAUGAGAAAUUCUGCAUCAAACGCACACAGAAUGAGCCCCUUUCCACGGACACAGACGAGCAGUUUGAUUCCGCUAUCGACGCAGAGAUAGCAGAGCUGUAUCCCUCUGUUCUUUCCAAAAAAGAUGAUAUCAAAAAUAACGAUAUGAUAGUUGCUUCACCAGACACGAAACUAUACCACCUGAUCAAAGGAUAUGGCAAGAUUCUGGGCAACCGAGAACUAGGAGAUAAGGCGAUAUACAAGCAAAUUCAUCUAGCUCAAAACAAGACCAGAAGGUCGCGCAGGAGACCCAGUGACAUCUUUAAUAUGUAAUAAAUUCUUCAAUUAAUGUUCAAAUUGCUUUCCAAGCUCCUUUGAAAUCCAUUUAGCCUUUUGAGCUGUUCAAUUUAACUCUUUCUUGAGAUCAAAAUGUUUUUGCCUAUUCAUGCAUUCGAUUCCCAAACACUUGGAAUGUUGCCAACGGUAAAGGAAAGGAAAUGCGCGGAUUUUUUUGUUUGUAUAUUUAAUAUAUUUUGUGGUAUAACGGAUUGCCGGAUAAAACUCAUCUCUGUUUUAAAAAUAAUAAAUUAUUGUUGAAUCAAUGUAA